AUGUCGCUUUCCCAGGCUAUAAGAAGAACUGCCACAUUGUUCUCUCGAAGCUCGAAUUCGUCGCCUCUUCGACAAGCUGCAAUUCAAAGACUCUCGAGUCUCAGUAACCAGAUCACAUCCAGGAACUACGCUGCAAUGUCUGCGCCAACAGUGACUUUGAGCAAUGGCCGCAAGAUGCCCUUGGUAGGCUUCGGCCUCUGGAAGGUCACCAACGAGACUUGCGCCGAUCAAGUAUACAACGCCAUCAAGACUGGAUACCGCCUGUUCGACGGUGCUUGCGACUAUGGCAACGAGAGGGAAGCAGGUGAAGGAGUUGCAAGAGCGAUCAAGGACGGUCUCGUGAAGCGUGAAGAGCUCUUCAUCGUUUCCAAGCUGUGGAACAGCUUCCACGACAAGGAGCGCGUCAAGCCAAUCUGCAAGAAGCAGCUCGGAGACUGGGGCAUCGACUACUUCGACCUCUUCAUCAUCCACUUCCCAAUCGCCCUCAAGUACGUCGACCCAUCAGUCCGUUACCCACCAGGCUUCUUCGACGAGAACGACAAGCUUUCUCUCAGCAAGGCUCCCCUCGAGGAGACCUACCACGCCAUGGAAGAGCUGUACGAUGAGGGCUUGAUCAAGUCGAUUGGAAUUAGCAACUACAAUGGCUCGCUGUUGUUGGAUGUCGAGCGCUACGCCAAGCAUAUGCCACAGACUCUCCAGAUUGAGCACCAUCCAUACCUCGUCCAGAAGGACCUCCUUGAGCUUUGCAAGAGCCGCCAGAUCGCUGUCACUGCUUACUCGUCGUUUGGACCACAAUCGUUCCUGGAGCUCAACAUGCAGAAGGCAAAGGAUACUCCACUACUUUUCGACCAUUCGGCGAUUAAGAGCAUUUCGGAGAAGCACAACAAGACUCCUGCUCAAGUUCUGCUCCGAUGGGCGACACAGCGUGGUGUUGCCGUUAUCCCAAAGAGCAACAACCAGGGCCGUCUCGCGCAGAACCUCGAUGUGUGCAGCUUCGAUCUUAGUGAUGCUGAGAUCAAGCAGAUUAGCGACCUUGACCAAGGUCUCCGGUUUAACAACCCCUUGAACUACGGCGUCCAGGUUCCUAUCUUUGCGUAG